GUGGGGAAACGUUGAGAGGGGAUACAGUUACAAUUCACUGGGAUAUACGGAAAUAUAAAUGGAUUUAUACACAACUGUCAGAUACCUCUGCACCUUUCUGAUCUGGAUUACGUACUUAUCAGAAACAAUGUCACAUGACUCACCACGAUGGUUAAAGAAUAUAAUAAAUUCAAAUACAAGAAACAAGCGCUUCAGCUUCGGUUACAAAGCAGAGAACCAAUCACCAGAGAAGUAUCUCAAAGACUGCUGUAAGAAUAACGGAUUGUGCGUCCUUGGAAGCUUCUGUCAAUGUAAAAAAGAGUUUUACGGACGGUACUGUCAGUAUGAAGUGAAGCGAAGCUGGUGCGGCCCGGUCCAACAUGGGCAGUGGUUCCGGUCUGACUGCAGCCUCUGUCGCUGCUACCGGGGAAAGUCCAUCUGCAUGGACGGAGCCUACGGGAAGUGCUCUGAGAAAAUAUCCAGGAAGGGUUACAAGCCAGAGGACCCCUCGAACAUAGUGAAGAUCUUCAGUCUAGAUGAGAGUGAGGUCUACUUGGAAAACAGCUGGGCAGACGACACUAGCAUCGCGUCAUCUGUGGACAGACGACAUCCUCAUCUUACAUUCCUGACUCUCGUGACCCUCAUCAUCAGCAUCGGGAUCGCCUGAAACUCCAGAACGUCGCAAGGGUUUAAGUACAUGGGGCCUCCCAUUGGUCCGAAGUGUUGGGGUUACGCGGUGUACCAAGGACACUGGCUCCAAAGUUGUCCGCAGUGAUUCAAGGGCGCAUGCUCAAACGUGUUCCGCAGUGUCAAGGACACAGGCUCCAAAGUGGUCCCAGUGUUUCAAGGGCACUAGCUCAAACGUGGUCCUUGUGUUUCAAGGACACAAGCUCAAACAGGGUCGACACCCGUAGAAACAUUGUUCCACUGAGCUUCUGUAAUGCCAAGCUCAGUCAUAAAGAUGUAGCUUUAUGUCCUUUAAAACAGGGACCUCCCGACAAGAAUAUGAGGUGUCCCAGAAUAAGCAAAGGAAUGGUUGCUAAUGAACAUUCCGCGAUGGUCCAGUGAUUUCUCAAAGAUCUCAUUAUUCCUGAAGCACACAUAGCAUCACCGGAGAGAUGCAGGUUCCAGGAACCUCUCCAGCCAUCAUGGCUGCCCCCUCCAUCCAGCCUCCCAUGGCUAUACAUGUGAUACAGAUACUGAUGAACCCACAUCUGCUUAUUUAUUCCCCAAGUUGACCCCAGUAUUACCAUUACCAUGGUCACUGAUUCAAUGGAAAAUGCUUACGUCAGCAGCUAGGGUUCAUCAGUGACACCUAAGUGCCUGUACAGAGAAUAUUUUCAUAUUUAUUUUAUUUAUACAACAUCUAGUACCCUCCUGUGCCAAGUGAGAAAAACAGUAGAUAUACCCUAAUGUGAUUGGGAUUUCAAAUGUCUGACUUGUGAUUGGUCCAGACACCUUCUGCAUUAAUGUGCUAACGUGUAGUAUAGUUGUAUAUCACAUGCCUAUUCUUUCAUGCUAUUUCUCAGUCCUUUUUGUUUCAUGUCCUGUUCAAACCAAAGUAUAGUCACGUAAAAUGAUUCGAAAAGCUUUUCAUCGCUUGCAUUAUGCAAGUAAGAUGCAAAUAUAUAUGGGUACGAUGAAUUUACACAUUCAAAGUUUAUAUUUUAUUAAUAAAUCAAUUCGUACAAUUUUA